CGUCAGUCUGAAGUGAUACUAGCGCGGAGCCGCUACAAACUCCAACUCCAUCAGUGAAGAGAGAGCAAAGCGGGCGCGGGAGGAAAAUGCUGCGGGUCUCCGGCGCCGGGACCGGCUGAGCGGCUCAGACCGAUCGACACGCGGCGGGAGGAACGCGCUGCCGACAAACGCCGCUCGCACCGAUCAGCUUGCGGCCCGAGCGGACAUCUGAGUUCUCCGUGGUGUGCCAGCCCUCUGUGGUCUCUCCAUGCCUCCUUCUCCUCUCGACGACAGAAUUGUGGUGGCGCUGCCAAGGCCUAUACGACCUCAGGAACUCCGACUCCGCCUGGACACCAGCUACCUGGAAGCCACCGUGGGCACCGUCGGCCAGUCGACGGUCAUCAGCAGCACCACCGUGGUGAAGAUCCAGGCGUAUAUGCCCUCGUCCGGCGGCUCCACGCGCUCGCUGACGUGUGGAUGCAGCAGUGCCAGCUGUUGCACGGUGAGCACCUACGAGAAGGACGGCCCGGUCAGCGCCAGCAGCCCCAACCUGAACUCCGGGCUGGGCUAUGGCGUCCCGAUGGAGGCCUACAGCGCUCCCAGCCUGACCUCGGGCGUGAGCCGGGGCGGCAUGCGGGUCAUCCACCCCAACGAGCUCGCCAAGAAGCUGACGCAUUGCCCUCUGGGCCACCCGGUGGGGCCGGUGCCCGUCAUCAUCGACUGCCGGCCCUUCAUGGAGUUUAACAAGAGCCACAUCCGGGGAGCCGUGCACAUCAACUGCUCGGACAAGAUCAGCCGCCGCCGGCUCCAGCAGGGAAAGAUCACCGUCCUGGACCUCAUCUCCUGCCGUCAGAGCAAGGACUCCUUCAAGGGAAUUUUUUCCAAAGAGCUGGUGGUGUACGACGAGAGCACGGUGGACCCGGGCCGCCUGACGCCGUCUCAGCCUCUGCACGUGCUUCUAGAGUCGCUGCGGAGGGAAGGGAAGGACCCCAUCGUCCUUAAAGGAGGCCUGGCCGGUUUCCGACAGAGCCACGGGGAUCUGUGCGAGCACUCUCUUCAGCUGGAGGAAGGACAGGACGGCGGGACGGCGGUGGGCCUGUCGGGGGCGCUACCUCAUUCCCUGCCCUCAACGCCGGACAUCGAGAACGCCGAGCUGACCGCCAUCCUGCCCUUCCUGUACCUGGGCAACGAGCGGGACGCCCAGGACCUGGAGCUCAUGCAGCGCACGGACGUCGGCUUCGUCCUGAACGUCACCACGCACCUGCCGCUCUACCACUACGAGCUCGGCCUGUUCAAGUACAAGCGCCUGCCCGCCACCGACAGCAACAAGCAGAACCUGCGGCAGUACUUCGAGGAGGCCUUCGAGUUCAUCGAAGAGGCGCACCGGGCCGGCCGAGGGCUGCUCAUUCACUGCCAGGCCGGCGUGUCUCGCUCCGCCACCAUCGUCAUCGCCUACCUGAUGAAACACACCUGGAUGACCAUGACGGACGCCUACAAGUUCGUCAAGUCCCGGCGGCCCAUCAUCUCGCCCAACCUCAACUUCAUGGGCCAGCUCCUGGAGUUCGAGGAGGACCUGAACAACGGCGUCACGCCGCGCAUUCUCACGCCCAAACUCACGGGCCUGGAGACCGUCGUAUAGCGGCGCCUCUCCCUCGAUCUCCGGCCGAACUCUGCGCUGCGGUCGUUCGACGGCUCUCGGCCGCUGGUGCUGGCUGAAGCCCCCCAGAGGAGGCCGGAUUUCGCUCGGUUUCGAUGGACUUACUCUAUUUUUAUACACCUAAGGUGGCUUCACUGUGCAAUAACGUCUGUGUGGAACGUAGCCGGGUGCGUGACGACGAGAGCGAGGCUUUCGGUCCACCUGGUCAGUCGCGUACUUUUGUGUUUUUCUUACGUUUAGGCACUGAUUUACGACAUUUAAAACCAGCUUUGUGCAGUCAAAUGGUUCUGAACGGCAUUUAAAUAUUUGCGCCACUUCAAACAACCGCUUUUGAUUAGAGUAUAUUUUAAAAUGCAAUUUCUUUCCGCGAUUUUUAUCGUUAAACGAUUUUUAUCCAGAAACGAAUCUAACAUUCUGAUGCAAAAAACAUCAUGUUGUUGAAAACAGCUGGGUAGGAUUUUUUCAGGUUUCUUUAAUGAAUAGAACAGCGUUUAUCUGAAAUAGAAAUCUUUUGAUCAAUUUAAGGCCUCCUUGCAGAAUCAAAGUGUUUAUUUCUAUAAAAAAAACAACAAAACUGACUCCACGUAUAGUGUCUUUUAAUUGGAUAAUGUGUAAUCUUACAAAAGCUUUUUAUUUCAGGUAUUAUUUUAUUAUUUUAUUUCAGAUACUAUUUUUUUCAUCUUUAUAUUGAUCAAAAAAUCUUUAAAAGCAUCUGUUUUAAAUAUUGAUAAAAUCCUAUUGUUACGAUUUCUGAAUGACGCCGAAAAUUCAGCCGCGCUUCGCAGAAAUAAAUUCGUUUUUAAAAUACGUUGAAGUCCAAAGCGGCGGUUUCAAAUAGUAAAAACAUUUUGGGAUUUUCCUGCGUUUUGGAUCGAACAAAUGCAAGUUUGGUGACACGCAAAACGUGAGAAAUGCUGUUCAGAGACAUUGGGCCGGCGGUGUGUAUUUCCGGACGCUUGUUUUGUGUGUUUACGUCUUUACUAUCGCCGACAAUCAAAACAAACCUCAUUUCGAUGUCCUUUAAAAAUAACCGAUUGCAUGAUUACGACAAGACGAAAACGAAACUCUAUUAUCAUUAUUAUACGGUCAUUGAAAUAUAGCUCAAAUCAUUUGCUUGAGAACUAACGGUCGGUUUUUGUUCGUUUGCAUUGACCUUUUUCGUAUCACUUUGUUCAGCGUUACACACUCGGUCUGUUUCUGCUUCUGUAGGUGUGUGUUUGUGUGAAUGGGAUCGGUAUCUAACGUAUAUAUAUAUAUGUAUGUAUGUAUAUAUAACGUUCUUGGGCUUCACUGUGUUUAACGGUUCGACUCUCGUGACCUCAAACUGGCCAGAAAGAUGGAUGGAUGCUCGUGAAGUUCAGCUUUUUGCGCACACGUAAGAAUCGUGCCUCUAUUGGUGCCUUAACUCAUUUUUCUUUUUGUGGUUUCAGUUUUUUGGGGUGUGUGUGAAAAGGUAACGGCUUUAAACCGGAGCACGGGGCGUUUCCGCGGUUACGCGUCGUUUUACGUCAGACGGCUUGUUCUUUCGUCUCAUAACAGAACUGAAACGCUGUGAAAUAUCAAAACUCUGGGCUUGUCUAAACGCGACGCGUACGAGAAGACGGUUAGCUGUUCUCCACCUGGACUCGGUCGGUCUUCACGGUGAAGGACUUUUCUAAACUAAGGCAUUUUAGGGGUUUUUUUUCCAGCUGUACGCCAACCUCCUGCACUUUGGCCGUACCGCUUGGAAAACUAUAUUACUGCUUUUGUCGAACUAAAACAAAUAGCGCUCUUAGAAAAAAAAGGGAGAAAUUUUAUGAAUGGUUUCAGAAAAUCGUAUCCCUAUAUUUGUUAUAUAUAUAACUUAAAAUAGCUAAAAGAAAUCCUCACAGUUAGUUAAAUCAGACUUUAUUAUUAUUAUUAUUAUUAUUAUUAUUAUUAUUAUUAUUAUUAUUAUUAUUAUAUUAAAAAAGCCCAAUCAGCACACUUAUAAUUCUGACUCUUUAGAAAAUUAGAAAUUAAUAAAUGUUAUAAUAUUCAAAGCAGUAGAUCAGACGCUGUGCCAAUUUCAGAAAAAUGACCUACUUGUUCACUUUUUUUUUUUUUGUCUUUCUUAGUUUUUAUUGCAGCUACAGCAUAUGUUAGGUUUUCUAUUUUUCGGGCCACGGGAUUCUUUCAUUUAAGCAUUUUGUCGUUUCCUAACAAUUCAAGGAACACAAGAAAACUCAGCACUGAAAGAAGGGACGCCACGAUUGUUUUUUUCUUUUCUUUCUUUUCUUAUUUGUCAGUUCUGAGAAUAAAAUCAGUCAGAGUUUAUAUCCCUCAAUUCUAAGCCAUCUAUCUUCUUUUUCUCAGAACGCACCGUUAGCUUUUUUUUUGGUAACCUUUUUAUUUCAUGGUGGAAUUAAGUGAACUGAAUUAUGAGGGAAAAACCUUUUUCUCUGCACUUCUGACCUCUUUCUUUUUAGGAGAAAAAAGUCCGAAUUGUGAAAGAAAAAGCUGCGUUUAUCUUUUUUUUUUUUUUUCUAAUUCUGUGACAAAAAGAAAAAAGAAAAACAAUUGCAACUCCGACUUGUUUCUCCUCCGAAUUUGUUCACAUCUGUUUAUAUUUUUCUCACAAUUGUAGGGAAAAAAAAGUUUGUUUUCUUUUAUCUCACAACUGCUUUUCUUUUCUUUCAUAUCUUGCGAUUCUCAUCUUUACUUUCCUAGAAAAAAUUGAGAAACUUGUCAGCUGAAAAGUCACGGUUUCUUUCUUUUUUUUUUACCGAGAAACAGAAUGGUACGAACAAACUGAUUUUUUUCAGAAUUGCAAAAAAAAAAAGUGAAUUUUGUAUUUUUUUUUUUUUUUCCGUGGCACAAACGGGCUUCCUUACCAACCUCCUACGAUACAUCAAUAAAUGAAAACGUUGGACGAUAUAACCUGAAUGCAAAGCACAUUUUGAAUCUUUUAAGCUUCCCUGUAAAUUUCCCGCGGUAUGCUAAAGGUGCAUAUUCUGCUCCGUUCACGUUCGGCUGACGUAAAGUGUGUCUUUUAUUUCCAGACGCUGGUUUAAUGUCCCCUGUGUCACACUGUGCUUGUUCGAGCGCCGCCCGGCUCCGGGAUAUCAAGGGCAAAAACUGUCCGGGUGCGCUCCGCAGACGCUACACAUUUGCUAAUGGAUUUCUAUGCAUCGUUUAUAUUUUUGCACUGACUUCAAAACCCGAAAAAAAAAAAAAAGCGUUUAGUUUCCUUUUCUCCUUUUUUUUUAAAUUUAUUAUUCUCCCACAAAGGUGCUACGACGCCGGAGGCCUUCCGCACUGUUUUUGCAUGACCUGCUUUGGUAAAGUGUCUUCCUGUAAGCCAAGAGCUCUCUUUAAAUGUCAGAGUUCGCAACACUGUUAUUUUGUAAUGUGGGGUUUGGAAAUAAACCACAAAAAAAGAAACGA